UAAGUACAUAAACCAAAAUCAAGAAAAAAGAAAUUAAAAUAUUUUGAAUUUAUUAUUAUUAUAACGUGAGAUUGCGGGUGGCUCAUUUGUCUAUUGGUGGCGCGAAAGUUUUGAAUUUUGAUUUUAAUUUAACGAAUAGAAUAAGAGAUGGAAGAAAUAAAUUAAUUGAAAUUUUGUCAUUUUUUAAAUUUUGCCCGCGGCGGUGUAUGACGGUACGGGACAACACAGCACAAGCACACGAAACGUGAAACGAAAACGACGAAGAUUAAAAAUUUUGCGAAAACUUCAAAAUUCUGAAUGACACUGCAAAAGGGAGUGCAAAAGUGUGUCGAGAAUGAGAAUGUUAAGAAAAAAAAAGAAUAUAUUGUGCAAAACGAGAAUUUAUAGAAGAAGAAAAGAAAAAUGAAAAUCAAAUAAGAUGUGGCUGAGCAGAAAAGGAACACCCGCCCAAGAAGAAGACUGCCCUACUCUCGAACACCAUCAUCGAGGAGUUUCGUCUAUCUCUAGCUUCAUUCUACCUACUACCAUCAUUAUCAUCAUCUUCUACUGCUUCAUACGAUAGUAAAUUUCUUGUUGGAGUUGGGUUAACCUAAGCUGGAGGGUCGAACAAUUGAAUACCGACCCGGAGGAGGGUUGGACUAUCAUCAUAGCUCACCUCUAAUGGCAGAAAUUCCAACAACUGAAUAUCUGCAUCGGUCAAUUGAUCAAUUGCGUUCGAUGAAUGAGCGUGGGGUUUUAAGUUCGCUGGGUCAUUUGACUUCGGCAGAUCUACGCAAUGCCACUUUGGUCCAUGACUAUAAACCAUUCAAUAUCAAUGAAUUUCGUCAGAAUGUUGAGAGACUAGAUUAUUCGAUAAAAGUGGAACGAAAUACACAACAGGAUUUAAAUACUGGCGAGUCAUCUUCGGGUGGUAGCGGUGGUGGUCGACAGGAUCACCAGCAGCAUCAACAGCAGCAGGUGCAGCAGCUCGAUUUGAAACAGUCUUACAGUGCACCAUCGUCUCCACAAACUCCGCUUUCCGAUGGACAGGAAAUUAAAUACAAUCCCAAAUCGGAUAUGUUAUCGGCUCGUGAUACAAAGCCCUAUAAAUGCAGUCAAUGCAUCAAGACCUUUGCCAAUUCCAGCUACCUGUCACAACAUGCCCGCAUUCAUCUCGGAAUCAAACCAUAUCGCUGUGAGAUCUGUCAACGUAAAUUCACGCAAUUAUCCCACCUCCAACAACAUAUUCGCACUCAUACUGGUGACAAACCGUACAAGUGUCGGCAUCAGGGCUGUCAAAAAGCCUUCUCUCAGCUCUCUAAUCUACAGUCGCAUUCUCGCUGCCACCAAACUGACAAACCAUUCAAAUGCAAUUCUUGCUAUAAAUGCUUUACCGAUGAAUUAACUCUGCUUGAGCAUAUACCCAAGCACAAAGACUCGAAGCACUUAAAGACGCACAUAUGCAGUUUUUGUGGCAAAAGUUACACUCAAGAGACAUACCUGCAGAAGCAUUUGCAAAAACACGCUGAGAAGGCCGAAAAGCAACAGAAUCGCAACUCAGCCACAAAUGGCACAGCGCUGGCUGCUGGCCUAGGGCUGAAUAUCAAUCGAAAUAUUGUUAUGAAUGUGGCGGCAGCAGCAGCGGCUGCAAAUAGUGAACAUCCUUAUUGGCCAAAAGUUAGUCCGGAAAGUGCGGCUGCGUCUCUAGCCGAAGCCAUUCAGCAGCAGCAACAACAACAGCAGCAUCAACACCAACAGCAGCAGCAGCAACAACAACAGCAACAGCAGUCAAAUGGCUAUGACUUUUCUUUGACACCGCAGCAACAGAACGAUCUGCAGAACCAUCAACGUGCUCUGUUGGAGCACCAUAGAGCGAUAGUGAAUGGCGGAGGUAGUGGUAGUGGCGGCGGUAGUGCUGGUAACACUCAAAGCGGCAACGAUGACGGUGGCGAAGACUUGGUUAUCACCCGUCAAUCACAGCAUCAGCAACAACAACAACAGCAGCAACAACAAUCCUCCCCAAACACAAUUGUGGUGGUGAGUUCUUAUGAAGGAGCCGGAUCAAAAUCUGCCACAAAUUCGGCGUUUACGCCCAUCAAUACGAUUGCACCGCAUUUGAAUGCUCUGACUCACCAUGCGGCUGCCCAGAGGCCUUACAUAUAUGACGCCUUGCAAUUCCAAAGUGUAGCUGCAUCAGCGAAAACAGCUGGAGCUGUUAUAAAUCAAAAUAUAGGAGGAGGGACAACAAAUAGUUUCCCAAAUCAGUUGAUAUCGUUGCACCAGAUUCGCAACUAUGCCCAUCAACCAGGAACAACUGCAGGUCUAUUAACCGCGGGAGACCAUUUGCUAAGUAUUGGUGUACCUGCUGGAGUCAAGGAUAAAAAUCAAUAGUAUAUUUUGAUAACACGGCGUGAUUUAUAGAAUGUAACCGACAUUAGUAGCAAUAGCAGCAGCAGUAGUAGAUGAUAGAAGAAAAAUACAUCAACAACAAGUAAGGAAAUCUCUCGACCUCAGGAUUUAGCAUAGCCACGACUUUUCUCUGUUUAAUAUAUACAUAUAUAUUUUUUUUUUAAAUCUUUUCAUUUUACCUCUUGACUCAAUGAUUGCGUAGGAGAUUCUUUAUUAUAAUUAUUUUUGUUUGCUGUUGGAAGGUUCUAAUUUCGUAUGAUUUGAGGAGGUUACCUGUUGUUCUAGAAAUACCAAGUUGAUUGCACAAAAAUUUGGAACCUUCAUUAAGGUUUCAGUCUUACAUAACUCUGGUCUUAAGAAAAUCAAUAAAAUUUUGUUUUCAUUUUACCACUAAAACAAA